GAGAGACAAGGAUUUAGGCGUGGAGGGGGCUCAAAUAUUACUCCACCAAGACGGAUAAAACAAAAAGAUGAAGCACUUUGUCACAGUUGACAAUGUGCUCCGAUACCAAAUCAGAUCACAGCACUGAUGACGACACUAGAACCUCGCAGUACCAACCCUUGCAAGAGAAAAGGCCCCAAAACAGGAAAAAAUGCACAUGGAAGGGUAUAGCAGCUCAGAGUUUUGUGACAAGUGCCGUAAUGCUGAGCUCGGCGAGCUGCGGCAUGCCCGUGGGGUACUCCGCGGUGCUCCUCCCCCAGCUGAAGUACCCCAACGAGACCUUGCAAAUCGACGACGAAAUUGGUUCUUGGAUAGCGAGUGUCCAUUCCGCCGCCACCCCCUUUGGCUCUCUCCUCAGCGGCCUUUUAAUGGACCGUUGCGGCAGAAAAUUAGCUUUACAAAUAGCUUCUCUCCCCUUAAUUCUCGGCUGGAUCCUCAUCGGUCUUUCCCCCAAUCACGCAAUCCUGCUAGCAGGCCGCGUUGUCGCAGGAUUAUCAGCAGGACUCACAGCCGCUGCAGGCCAGGUCCUGAUUGGGGAAAUUACCGAACCGCAUCUCCGCGGGAUGUUCUCGAGUGUUCCAUUCGCGAGCUAUUCCUUCGGGAUUCUCCUCGUUUAUGCUCUAGGGUCGGUGCUUCCCUGGCGGUUGGUUGCAGGGUUAAGUACAGUGUUGCCGGUUCUUGCAAUCACAAUUUUCUUUUUCUUGCCCGAAAGUCCGGUGUGGUUGGUCCGGAAUGACAAACCCGAGAAGGCUAGAAAGGCACUAGUGUGGCUCCGGGGCGGAGAUUCGAUUCAAGCUCGACUCGAAACGGAGCAUUUAACAGAACGGAUUGAAAGGGAACAAAAAAUCGAGACGGCUACUAGAACCGGAAAUGUGAUUUUUCGCCCGGAAGUCAUCAAACCUUUCAUCAUAAUCAAUGUUUUCAACAUCAUGCAAAUCUUCUCCGGGACUUACAUUAUAGUUUUCUACGCCGUUGAUAUUUUGGGUCAUAUAAAUAACCAAAUGGACCAUUUUAUGACUGCUGUUUUGACAGCUGGUGUUCGUUUUAUUUUCUCUCUUGUGGCUUCGGCCCUUUUGGCCCUAAUUGGGCGCCGGGCGUUAGCCCUCACUUCCGGUCUCGGAACCGCAAUUUCGGCCUUAUGUCUCGGCACUUUUCUCUACCCGCGUGACAAUUGCACGAUUUCCGACUCCGGGGGCUACUUCCCCGCCCUCUGUGUGCUACUCUACGUAGCUACAAACACGGUCGGUUUCAUGAUUUUACCCGGAGUCAUGCUCGGCGAGUUGUUUCCUGCAAAAGUCCGGGGUUUGGCGGGAGGCUUAACCUUCAUGAUUUUCAACUUCGUCCUGUUUGCAACGGCGAAGGCGUUUCCGGUUAUGAAAAAUGGAGUGGGGGUGCAUGGCGUGUUUUGGAUUUUUGGAGGCACGGCAUUGGUCGCGAGCGUUUUUCUUUAUUUCAUGCUACCGGAAACUAAGGGAAAGACGUUGAGUCAAAUUGAAGAUUAUUUCCAGGAGGGAAAUGUCACGUGGGUGACACGGAAAAAGGGAGAGGACAAGACUGUACACGUGUGAUAAAUAAAAACUUUUAUUAA